UUAAUCGCCAAUAGGUUUGAGACAAACGGCAAUCCAUUGGACACAAGACGUGUCCAGACGUUAGACAGGCGUCGAAGUGGUGCCAAACCGUCGGCCAAGUCCUCCACGAAGACUAUCCAAAGACAUCACAGCCUCCACACCAACGCCAACCACAACAACAACUACACCGACAGCGCCUAUACCUCGGCGGUGAUCGCCGGCACUGACGAGACGGACAUGGCUUCGGAUAUGACACUAUCGCCCAUCAGAUCACUGGAUGACUACCUAUUGUCACUGAAUCGGUUCCAAUUGCCGCAGUUCAAGGACUUGGAGAAGUGGAACCACCGAGUGGUCAAUAAUCUACUCUACUAUCAGACCAACUAUUUCUUAACCGCUAUUAUCAUCUUCACUCUAAUCGGUAUCAUAAACCCGACGCAAAUCCUAUUGGGAUUGUUAGCCCUGUUGAUAGCCAUAGCGAUCUUCAUAUACGCCAAUAACAAUUCGCCGCAAUUCAUGGACUUCAAGCGCUCGCAUCCCAUCAUCUCAUUGAUGCUGAUCUUUGGCGGCGGCUCUCUAAUCGUGUACCUCUUCUCCGCUGUACUCGUCUUCUUGAUUGGUAUACUUCUGCCGCUCUUCUUAUGUCUACUCCACGCGAGUCUCCGCACCAGAAAUGUCAAGAAUAAAGUGGCCAACGCUAUGGAGAGCGCCGGCAUCACCAAGACCCCGAUGGGCCUACUGUUGGACUCGUUUGGCUCCGACCCGACCACUCACUUCUUCUAA